GCCGCCGCUGCUCUCCUCCCUCUCUCCUUCCCUCCCGCCGCGCCCCGCGGCCCCGCGCCCGCCAUGUCGGCCCAGGCGCAGAUGCGGGCCCUGCUGGACCAGCUGAUGGGCACGGCCCGGGACGGUUCAGUGUAUCUUUGCCUGCCUACAUCAAUCUGCAAGGGAGUUGCAGAAAAGCCUCAUGUUCAUCGAGCCGAGAUGAAACCAGGCAAAGGGUGAAGUUUACAGACGAUCGUGUCUGCAAGAGCCACCUCCUGGAUUGCUGUCCUCAUGAUAUCCUGGCAGGAACAAGAAUGGACCUGGGAGAGUGUACAAAGAUCCAUGACUUGGCACUGAGAGCAGAUUAUGAGAUUGCAAGUAAAGAGAGAGAUCUGUUUUUUGAGCUGGAUGCUAUGGAUCACCUGGAAUCCUUCAUUGCGGAGUGUGACAGGAGAACAGAACUGGCCAAAAAGCGCCUGGCUGAGACACAGGAAGAGAUCAGUGCUGAAGUGUCUGCGAAGGCAGAGAAGGUGCAUGAACUGAAUGAAGACAUUGGAAAACUCCUAGCUAAAGCUGAACAGCUGGGAGCUGAAGGGAAUGUUGAUGAGUCUCAGAAGAUCCUGAUGGAAGUGGAAAAAGUCCGAGCAAAAAAGAAAGAGGCAGAGGAAGAAUACCGAAAUUCAAUGCCUGCAUCCAGCUUCCAACAGCAAAAGCUGCGUGUGUGUGAAGUCUGUUCAGCAUAUCUUGGUCUCCAUGACAACGACCGGCGUCUUGCUGACCACUUUGGAGGCAAAUUACACUUGGGUUUCAUCCAGAUUCGUGAGAAACUGGAUCAGCUGAGGAAAACAGUGGCAGAAAAGCAAGAGAAGAGAAACCAGGAUCGUUUGAGACGGAGAGAAGAGAGGGAACGAGAGGAGAGGAUGGGCAGGAGGUCUGGAUCGAGAAAUAGAGAUCGUCGAAGAUCCCGGUCUCGGGACAGGAGGCGAAGGCGCUCGAGGUCGGCGUCCCGUGAGCGGCGGAAGUCCCGCUCCAGGUCCCGAGACCGACACAGGCGCCACCGGAGCCGCUCCCGCAGCCACAGCAGAGGCCACCGCCGGGGCUCCAGAGACAGGAGUUCCAAACACAAAUCUUCUAGGGAUCGAUCUUCAAGAGAGAAGUCACGAGACAGAGAGAGGAAAGAGAAGAGCUCUUCUGAGAGGCGGCACGAGAGCACAAAUGGCAAAUCUCGUUCCAAGAGAUCAGAGGAGAGAGAAGCUGGCGAGAUCUGAACUCAAACGAUCGGUGUUGCACUGUAAAUAGUCCGAUAAACAUUCUACACAAAGCCUAAACUUCCCAUUUAUAUUUACUGAAUACGACUCAUCUUUUGUAGUUUGGAAUUUUUAUUGUUUGGCAGAUAGCUGUGAGUUUGUAGAGACACCCAGUCCCGUACUGUUUAACAGGAUUUUGUUUUAGUAGGAAUCAAUAAACCUGACGGCUCGUUUUCAAUCCA